AUGACAAGAAUUUUGACAGCUUGCAAAGUGGUGAAGACUUUGAAAGGCAGAUUGAAGUUUUGCAAUGUGUCUGCUGAUCACUGGAGUUUCUCAAGGACAGGUACCAGACUGUUGAGCAUCAAGGUGCAGACAGCAAACUUGGUGCUGGAAGAUGGGAUGAAGAUGAAGGGCUAUUCUUUUGGCUAUCCAUCCUCCACAGCAGGGGAAGUGGUGUUCAACACGGGGCUCUCUGGAUACACUGAAGCCUUGACAGAUCCCAGCUACAAAGGGCAGAUUCUUACCCUGGCUAACCCCAUAGUUGGGAAUGGUGGAGUGCCUGACACGGCUGCUUUGGAUGAAAUAGGCCUCAGGAGAUUUCUGGAGUCUGAUGGGAUCAAGGUUUCAGGUUUACUGGUGCAGGAUUACAGCAAUGAGUACAGCCACUGGCAGGCUACUAGGAGCCUGGGAGAGUGGCUGUAUGAAGAACAGGUGCCUGCACUGUAUGGGAUUGAUACCAGGAUGUUGUCCAAAUUAAUUCGUGACAAGGGCACAGUACUUGGGAAGAUUGAGUUUGAAGGUCAACCCGUGGAGUUUGUAGACCCAAAUAAGCAAAACUUAAUUGCAGAAGUUUCAACAAAGGAAGUCAAGAUUUAUGGCAGAGGGAAUCCAAUUAAAGUUGUAGCUGUUGACUGUGGGUUGAAGCACAACAUCAUCCGUCUGCUGGUAAAGCGAGGUGCAGAAGUGCAUUUGGUUCCAUGGGACCAUGAUUUCACUGGCAUGGAUUAUGAUGGACUCAUAAUUUCUGGAGGUCCAGGGGAUCCUAUGAAGGCCCAGGAAGUGAUUCAGAAUGUCAGAAAGGUCCUGGAGAGCAAUCGCCCAGAGCCCCUGUUUGGAAUUAGUAUGGGGCAUUUAAUCACUGGAAUAGCAGCUGGAGCUUCCUCCUACAAGAUGCAGAUGGCCAACAGAGGCCAGAACCAGCCUGUCCUGAAUGCAGUGAGUGGCCAGGCUGUGAUCACUGCUCAGAACCACAGCUAUGCCAUCGAUGGCUCCUCCCUCCCUCCUGGCUGGAAGCCUCUCUUUGUGAAUGCCAAUGACCACACCAAUGAGGGAAUUAUGCAUGAGAGCAGAUCGAUUUUCACAGUGCAGUUCUAUCCAGAUGCAAAUCCUGGGCCCAGGGACACAGAGUUCCUAUUUGAUUCAUUUAUUUCCCUGGUUAAGAGAGGGAAAGGCACCACCAUUCCCUCGGUCCUCCCCAAGGCUGGAGUGACAGCUUCUAGAGUGGAGGUCUCCAAAGUUCUCAUUCUAGGAUCCGGGGGUCUGUCAAUUGGCCAGGCAGGGGAAUUUGAUUACUCUGGAUCACAGGCUGUGAAAGCCUUGAAGGAAGAAAAUGUGAAAAUUGUCCUCAUGAAUCCCAAUAUUGCUUCAGUGCAGACCAAUGAGACUGGCUUAAAGCAGGCUGAUGCUGUCUACUUCCUCCCCAUCACUCCUCAGUUUGUCAUUGAGGUCAUCAAGGCAGAGCAUCCUGAUGGAUUAAUCCUGGGCAUGGGUGGCCAGACUGCUCUCAACUGUGGAGUGGAACUCUUCAAGCAAGGGGUACUGCAGCAGUAUGGUGUGAAGGUCCUUGGUACCUCAGUAGAAUCCAUCAUGGCUACAGAGGAUAGAAAGCUUUUUUCUGACAAACUAACUGAGCUAAAUGAAAAGAUUGCUCCCAGCCUUGCAGUGGAAUCGGUUGAAGAUGCUCUGAAGGCAGCUGAAAAGAUUUGCUACCCUGUCAUGAUACGUUCUGCCUAUGCCCUUGGUGGGCUGGGGUCUGGAAUUUGUCCUGAUAAGGAAAGUUUGCUGGACCUUGGUACAAAGGCAUUUGCAAUGACUAACCAAAUUCUGGUGGAAAAGUCAGUUGUUGGCUGGAAGGAGAUAGAGUAUGAAGUUGUGAGAGAUGCUGCUGAUAACUGUAUUGCUGUCUGCAACAUGGAAAACAUUGAUGCUAUGGGAGUCCACACAGGAGAUUCUGUUGUGGUGGCUCCAAGCCAGACACUCAAUAAUGAGGAGUUUCAGAUGCUGAGGGAUCGUGCCAUCAAAGUUGUCCGACAUUUGGGCAUUGUGGGAGAAUGUAACAUCCAGUUUGCUCUGCAUCCAACUUCCCUGGAGUACUACAUCAUUGAAGUUAAUGCCAGACUCUCCAGAAGUUCAGCUUUGGCCUCCAAGGCAACAGGGUAUCCAUUAGCAUUCAUUGCUGCCAAAAUUGCCUUGGGCAUUCCCUUGCCAGAAAUCAAGAAUGUGGUGACAGGAAAAACCUCUGCUUGCUUUGAGCCCAGCCUGGAUUACGUUGUGACCAAGAUACCCCGCUGGGACCUGGACCGUUUCCAGCACACUUCCAACCGCAUCGGGAGCUCCAUGAAGAGUGUGGGAGAGGUCAUGGCUAUCGGCCGCACGUUCGAGGAGAGCUUCCAAAAGGCCCUGAGGAUGUGCCACCCCUCAGUGGAUGGCUUUGUUUCACAGCUGCCUAUGAAUAAAGCCUGGCCAGCCACUGUGGAUCUCCAGAAGGAGCUCUCUGAGCCAUCCAGCACUCGGAUAUAUGCAAUAGCCAAGGCCUUGGAGGAUGAAGUCCCUGUGGAUGUCAUUCACCAGCUCACAGCCAUUGACAAGUGGUUCCUGUACAAGAUGCGCAGCAUUGCCAACAUGGAGAAGAUCCUCAAGGAAGAGAACAGCAAAACAAUUCCAGAGGAGACACUGAGGAGAGCCAAGCAGAUGGGGUUCUCUGACAAGCAGAUUGGGAAGUGCCUGAGGCUGACUGAAGUCCAGUGCCGUGAGCUGAGGCUGAGGAAGGAUAUAGUGCCCUGGGUGAAACAGAUUGACACCCUGGCAGCAGAGUACCCAGCAGUGACUAAUUACCUCUAUGUCACCUACAAUGGGCAGGAACAUGAUGUAAAAUUUGAUGACUGUGGAGUGAUGGUGUUGGGCUGUGGACCAUACCACAUAGGCAGCAGUGUGGAGUUUGAUUGGUGUGCUGUCUCCAGUAUCCGCACGCUGCGUCAGCUUGGCAACAAGACCGUGGUCGUGAAUUGCAACCCAGAGACAGUGAGCACGGAUUUUGAUGAGUGUGACAGACUGUACUUUGAGGAGUUGUCACUGGAAAGGAUCCUGGACAUCUACCAAAAUGAGGGAUGCAGUGGCUGCAUUAUUUCUGUAGGUGGGCAGAUUCCCAACAACCUGGCAGUGCCACUGUACCAGAGUGGAGUGAAGAUUCUUGGCACAGAUCCUUUAAAGAUUGACCAGGCAGAAGAUCGUUCCGUGUUCUCAGCUGUCCUGGAUGAGCUGCACGUGGCCCAGGCUCCCUGGAAGGCAGUCAGCACACUGAGAGAUGCAGUUGAAUUUGCAAGGUCUGUGAGUUAUCCCUGCUUGCUGAGGCCCUCCUAUGUUCUGAGUGGGUCUGCAAUGAAUGUUGUAUUCACUGAAGACGAAAUGAAGAAGUUCUUAGCAGAAGCUACCAGAGUCUCCCAGGAUUACCCUGUGGUACUCACUAAAUUUAUUGAAGAUGCCCGUGAGGUGGAAAUGGAUGCUGUAGCCAAGGCAGGAAGAGUCAUUGCCCACGCUGUUUCAGAGCAUGUGGAGGAUGCAGGGGUUCACUCAGGAGAUGCCACCCUCAUGUUCCCCACACAGAGCAUCAGCCAGGAAGCCUUGGAGAAGGUAAAAGCUGCUACAAAAAAGAUUGCAAAGGCUUUUGCCAUCUCUGGUCCAUUCAAUAUCCAGUUCUUGGUGCAAGGCAGCAAUGUGCUGGUGAUAGAGUGCAACCUGAGGGCCUCACGCUCCUUCCCCUUUGUAUCCAAGACUCUGGGGGUGGACUUCAUUGAUGUGGCCACUAAAGUGAUGAUUGGGAAACAGGUUAAUGAGUCAUCCCUCCCCACAAUGGAACAUCCCAUUUUCCCAUCCAGAUAUGUUGGGAUUAAGGCCCCAAUGUUUUCCUGGUCCAGGCUGAGAGAUGCCGACCCUGUUCUCCGGUGUGAAAUGGCCUCUACUGGGGAGGUUGCAUGCUUUGGGGAGGAUGUGUACUCUGCCUUCCAGAAGGCUCUGCUUGCCACAGGGUUUACAUUUCCUAAGAAAGGAAUUUUGCUUGGAAUCCAGGAGUCCUUCCGCCCCAGGUUCCUCAGUGUAGCAGAACUGCUGCAUGAGCAAGGCUUCAAGCUUUAUGCCACAGAGGCAACCUCAGCCUGGCUCAAUGCUAAUGGCAUCCCAGCAAAUCCUGUGGCAUGGCCAUCACAGGAGAGCCAGAAUCCCAGCCUCCCUUCAAUCAGGAGGCUGCUGAGGGAUGGGAAAGUAGAUCUGGUGAUUAACCUGCCCAACAGCAGCACCAGGUUUGUCCAUGAUAAUUAUGUGAUCAGGAGGAUGGCUAUUGACACUGGGACUGCUCUGCUCACCAACUUCAAGGUGACAAAGCUUUUUGCUGAAGCUCUCAAAUACUCUGGAAAAUUGGACUCCAGGAGUCUCUUCCACUACAGACAGACUGACAAUGGGAACACUGCAUAG